AUGUUCAAGAAACCACUAGCAGAACUCAAAACAUCGGCGCCCUUGCGAGGUUCCGAUCGCAGGAAGCUGCGUCAGCGCGUCCUCCAGUCCUAUCCGAAUCUUCCCCCGGAGGAGGGAGAUGCACUCGUACCGGACGGGCUCCAGUCUCAGAAAUUCAGUACACACCUAGACGAUCCAGGAGUUGCAUAUCUCUCCCCGGACGGGGACCCUCUUUGGUUUACGAUCGGGAAAGGGUCCGAGGACCUCAUCCCCACCGUCUAUACUCUAUGGAAGCGGCCGGACCUCUUGCCGUUCCUAUCCACACCAGCCCCGGUAGUACCCAAGCUCAUCGGCGGAGCUGAUCUGAUGAUUCCCGGAGUGAUUCAGCACUCUUCUACCCUCGUUCCUGACCAAGUCGUCUCGGUGACCCAGUACUAUCGCGACGCCAUCGGUCCGCCGCUCGCUGUGGGUCGCAUGGCAGUGUCAUCGGACACGCUGCGCUCAGAGGAGGAGGAGGAUGUGAAGGGAAAGGCGGUCUACAUACUCCACACAUGGAAAGACGCAUUGUGGGAGAUGGGCCCAAGCAAGAAGGCGGAUCCGCCUGCGCCCAUAGAGAACAAAUCCUCGGAAGCGGAGACUCCUGAUGAAAGACAAAACGGCUCUCCGGGCUCUUUGGAGGAAACCGCCGGCGCGCCCCCAGCGCAACCAUCCCCGGACGGAACAUCAGCCCAAGAUGCUCAGCCGCCAGCUACUGCCGAUGCACCGACAGAUGCUGACGAGUCUGCCGAAUCGAAGGCGACAUCUCUUUCCCCGGAAGACGUCUCCGCAUGUCUUCGCGCGGCAGUCCUGCACACCAUCGGUAUGAGACUCGCCAAUGUCCCACCAUCAACAUUCCCUAUACCGGCGUCGACGUUCUGGAGCUCACACGUGCUCCCCGCUCGUCCUGCGGCUGCACUCGGUCCAAACGGUCUUGCGGAUGCGAGUUGGAUUGACGUCAAGCAUUCGACCCACAAGAACGUUAAAUCAUUCCUGAAGGCGUGUGCCAAAGAAGGCCUCAUCAAGCUCAAGGAAACCAAAGGCGAUGUUGUCAUUACCGCGGUGUCUCCUCAGCAUCCAGCGGUGCUGGCUAUGCGGCGGCACCGUACGAUCGGCGAUCUCGAGGCCAAAGCCAAGAAGGCCGGGGACCGAGAACAGAAGGAGAAGGAGGCGGAGGAGAAGCGAAAGAGCGAGAUUCGCGUCUCGGAGUUCUGGAAGCCAUUCGGUACUACGGUGCCGUUCUUCGUUGCAGCUGAGAAGGACACGUCAGAACUCUAUACAAUCACGGAAAUCAAAGACAUCGUCAACAACUACAUCUCUUCCCGCUCCCUCGUCAACGCUAACGAUCCGCAGUACAUCAACGUCGAUUCCGACCAGUUCCUCGCUGGAGCGGUUUCUGUCAAGGGCCAAGACACGCCGGAGUUCUUGAAGCGCGAUGAGGUCCUUAAGCGUAUCCGGGCACACAUGCAAACCUGGCAUGAAAUUAGUGUCGAGGGACGUGAUACGAUACGGAAGAAAGGAGACCUGAAGCCGGUGUCCGUCGUCGUCAAAAUUCGGCAAGGGAGGAAGGCGUGCACUCUCAUAACCGGAUACGAGACAUUUGGCCUGCAAGCCGACGACCUUGCGGAGGAGCUGCGCAAGACAUGCGCGAGCUCAACGUCAGUCUCUCCAGUUCAUGGCAAACCGAACUUGCUAGAGGUCAUGGUGCAGGGGAAACAGAUCAAAGCAGUGACUGGCCUUCUGAUAAGCCGUGGAGUACCGGAGCGAUGGAUAGAGGCGGAAGACCAGACAAAAGGGAAGAAAAAGAAGUGAAUCGGUUCGCGAGUAACAGAGUAGCAUUGACAGAUUCCAGUAACGGUGCCGCUCGAGUUGUAAG